AUGCAGUUCCAUAGCUAUACGAAGUAUAUAGACCGAGCUUGCUUUAUGGCAUGCAUUCCCCGAUAUCAGUGGUCAGGGCGUCCCACAGAAAGAAAACCCUACUCCUUGGAGAAAAAAACCAUGUUCGUACUCGGUGUGAUUUGUUCAAUUUACCAAAUUUUUGGAGUAUUUAUGUAUUGGUAUCGCUACGGACGGUUGGCCACGGAUACGGUUACCUUUGUUACGGAAAUUUCGGAAAUGUGCGGUUCACUUAUGCUAACCUUGGUGGGAUCUUCGAAUAUCUAUGCACUCACGAAGCACCGCCGUCGAAUCGAAAGGAUAUUCGAGGACUUGCAGGAACUGUAUCCCAGGGAAAACGACAAGCACUAUCGCAAUCAGUAUUAUUACGACAAGGCCAUGCGAAUAAUGAAAAUUGAGUUCAUAUUGUACAUGGUAUUCUACGUGUACUAUAAUAGUGCACCGAUUUUGUUGCUCCUUUGGGAAAACCUGCAGGAUGAAGAGGAACUGAGCUUCAGGACGCAGACUAACACCUGGUUUCCCUGGAAAGUUCAUGGCUCAGCGAUUGGUUUUGGCGUGGCUGUAAUUAGCAUUGCCAUGGCCUCGUUUGUUGGCGUAGGCUUUAGUUUAGCCACCCACGACUUGGUUUGCAUAUUUACUUGCCAACUGAAAAUGCACUACGAUGGCAUGGCCAAUAAACUACUGCAUCUGGAUUCCAGUCAACCUGGAGCUGUUCAACAGUUGAAGCAGCUGAUCGCCUACCAUUAUCGUAUUCUACAGAUCGGAGACCAUGUAAACUAUAUCUUGAACUUCAUAUUUGGUAGUAGCCUAGUUGGUUCCACAAUUGCCAUUUGCAUGACGAGCGUGGCUGUUCUGCUACUCGAUUUCGCAUCUGCCUUGAAGUACAUCAGCGGUCUGGUUGCAUUUCUGCUCUACAACUUCAUUAUGUGCUAUAUGGGCACUGAGGUCACCACUGCAUGCAGAAUGCAGUUGCAAGACUAUUUAAAGUAUAUGGACAUUUCCUGUUGGUUGGGUUUCACUGCCCGCUUUCAGUGGAUUGGUGGACGAAUGGAAGGAGAUCCGCAAAGUUUGGCCAGAAGAAUCAGCUUCUUUCUUGCAGCCGGAAGUAUGCUCUAUCAGAACUUCGGAAUAAUUACGUAUUGGUACAUGUUUGGCCUAACCGAAAAGGAUGCCAUAAAAUUUGUUGCAGAAUUAGCGGAAACAUGCGGUUCACUUAUGCUAACACUAAUUGCAAUAACCAACAUAUGGACAAUGACUCGGAACAGACUUCGAGUUGAGGAAGCUUUUGCCGAGAUUCAGGCGAUGAGUCCGAGGUCAGAAGAUAAUCAAUACCGGAGACAGCAUUACUACGAUACAGCGAUGAUUACAAUGAAGUGGAUGUUUAGGUUCUACGCAGUCUUUUAUUUUUACUAUAACGGGGAACCGCUUCUAUUGCUCCUGUGGCAGUAUUCGAUAAAGAAGGACAUAAGCUACAGCAUGCAAGCUAAUACUUGGUUUCCUUGGAGGGUUCAAGGUUCUGGAAUCGGAUUCGGGAUAGCCUACCUAAGUGAAGCACUGGGAUCCUUUCUGGGCGUUUGCUACACCUUGAUUGUUCUAAAUGCACUCUGCAUAUUCACUUGCCAACUGAGAUUUCAUUUCGACGCCUUGACCACUCAGCUUCUCUCACUAGACUGCCGGAGUCCUGGGUCCAAACAGAAAUUAAGGAAUUUAAUUGCCUAUCAUUGUCGCAUCCUCAGACUUGGGGAGCAGUUCAACCAGAUCUUGAAUCCCAUAUUUCUGAGCAGCGUAGUUUUCUCCACUAUCGCACUUUGUAUGUCAAGUUUGGCUGUGCUGCUUCUGGAUUUGGCAUCUGCUAUGAAGUACAUCAAUGGUAUAAUAGCCUUCAUUUUUUACAAUUUCUAUAUCUCUUACCUUGGCACUCAAAUCACUAUUGAGAGUUUCAAAAUUUUACCAGCUGCUUUCUAUAGCAACUGGUAUGAAGGAGAUCCGGCUUAUAGGAAAAUGAUUCUCAUCUUGAUGAUCCGAGCCUCGAAGCCUUACAUGUGGAAAACCUAUAACCUUUCAUCUGUAUCUAUAACCACCUAUAUGGAUACGUUGAAGUUUUCAUAUCAAAUGUUUACUUGCAUGCGGUCCCUAAAAUAA